GGAGAAUGCUGUUUGACGUUGGAAAAAAUAAGAAAAAUGAACAGAAAACCCAAGUUAAACUCUCGGCGGUCGACUGCAAAACAGUCCUUUCUUUUCUUCUCUGCUCUACUCUGCACACGCUCAACUGCUUCAUCUAUUUCCACACUCUUUUACGCCAACAAGAACUACGACAACCAUCUCUUUCCAUUACUUCACACCCAAGCACAUUAUUUUUUGCCUAGCUCUCUUUUGUCUCUCUGUGGGCCCAUUUUUUAUUGCCCCUUUGCUCUAUUUUUAUCUUUUUAAUCAUUUGACCGCAAGUGUUUUCAAGGCCUAAAAAACACUUUACCACGCAUUCGCUUGAAUUUCGAAAUGACUGCGGGCAACAGCGCUGCCUCGAACAGCACUGUGUCUCAGGCUGUAAUGAGCGCAGUCGAUUGUAACCGUGAGCGUGGUGCCACGCAUAGCUCUGCCGCCCCCUUUAUGACCAACGCCAACUACCGCAUUAUUACGCCAUCGCUUGGAGCCAGCCCAGACGACAGAAAGAGAACGCACUUUGCGCUGCCCACCUCGGAAUCAGGGCUGCCAUCCUGGAUCUUGUCUGCGUCGCAGCCAAAGACGCACUUUCCAGCCUUAUCGCCGAUAGUCGACAGCGAAUGCUCGUUUGCUGAGGGCAACAAGGCCUAUGGUGACGCCACCGCCGGGUCUUCUGAAUGCCAGGACCACAUCUUGGCAGCGGAUGCGGGUAAUUCCAUGGAUAUCGACGAGGCUCAGGAGCUGCGCAUCGAGUAUGACCUGCUGCCAUAUGAGAUUCAGAGUUGGUCUAGUCACUCUGCCAACUUUUUGCCUAAAAACAUUCUUGUCGAUCGGCCCCACGACCAGGCCUCGCGCUGGUCAACCAGCCUUAACAACCAUCGUCAAUAUAUUACUUUGCGCUUGGAACGCCCAGCUCUAGUUCGGUCCAUCAAGUUUGGCAAGUUUUAUAAGACCCACGUUUGCAACCUCAAGGAGUUCAAGGUCUUUGGCGGCAUGUCGCAAGACAACAUGAUCGAGCUUCUUUACAGUGGCCUGCGGAAUGACAGCGAGCCAGAAAUGAUAUCCCUCAAGCAGAAACUCAACGGUUAUUACAUCCCAUGCCAAUACAUCAGGAUCCAGCCGCUGUUGGCUCACGACCAAAAGUUCAACUUUAGCAUCUGGCACGUCGAGCUUCGCGGCACGAUGGACCCACAGAUCAUACAAGGCCUUAUAUCCGAUUUCAACCGGUCCAGAGAGCAAGAGGUCAUUCGUUCAUGCCUAAAGUUUUUCCGCGAUCACAACUACACGAGCGCAUUUAGCGCCCUCGAGCAGCAAGCCGUUGCGAGCUUGGAGGCGCCUGUUCUGACGAAAAUAUACCACGCGCUAGUGGAUAACUGCAACUACAGCAAAGCCGAAGAGCUGCUUUGCCAGGCCGAGCGCGAAGGAAUGUUUGCAUCCUGCACAUCCAGGAUCCCGUACGCCGCAGCAUGGCAGCCGGCGGAUCUGGGCUCCUACGUUGUUCCGCCGCCUCGCGGAGGCCACCAGAUGUGUGUUGACGAGGAGAGCCGCUAUGCGUAUCUGUAUGGCGGGUGGGACGGAGCCAACAACCUGGGCGACCUGUGGAUGCUCAAAAUGGAUACUGGUCACUGGACGUGUAUCAGUGAAAACACACGCGACGAGGGUGGGCCGGGGCCACGGUCCUGCCACGCAAUGUGUUUUGACAGCGUGCAAAAGUGCAUCUACAUCAUGGGCAAGUAUGUCGAUCAUGAGUACCGUGGGAACACAGGUCUAGAAAACGAUUUGUUUUGCUACGACACCGUCAGCGACGAGUGGAUUGUGUUGUCCGAGAACACCGAGGUCCACGACGGGCCCCGGCUCCUGUUCAACACGCAGAUGGCAUUUGACCCGCACUUUUGCUGCAUCUACGUAUAUGGCGGCAAGGUAGUUCUCCCAGACGCCAACGACUCGACCAUUGUCUACAGCGGCUUGUACCGCUACGACCUGCGCAAACAUAAUUGGACUAGGCUCAAGCCCGACUUCCACAUGCUCGAGCAGGAACAGCACGUGCGCGGGCGGUAUUUCCACUCGAUGAUUAUUGACCCGAGUCUCCAGCGGCUGUACAUUCUUUCGAGCAAACGCAACGUGUCUAUUCCCAGCGACCUCAUUAUAUACGAUAUUGCCACCAACACGUUCUAUGAGAAGAUGGCAGACCUCGCGGCGUCCAACCCCACAAGCCAAUUGAUGACGCAGCAGCAGUAUCUUUCCGACCAGCAGCGGCUCAACCCGGCCUAUUCGGUGGCCCAGGCUCAGGCGCCAAUGCCGCCUCCAGACAAUAACUCGCAUCACCCGCAUCAUGUGCAUCUUCUUCAGGACGGGCGCACAAUCAGAACCUCAUUGGACACCGAGCGCCAAGAGCUAUAUGUUCUGGCCUCGGCGCAGAGCGACUCUAGUUCCAUGGCAUCCACCCCGUCGAUGCAGAACCUGAUGUUGAUGCACAAUGCCCGCAGCUCCAAGUCCAGCCACUAUGAUCCCAGCGGUACACGGCCCUCGUACGCCAGCGCAGCGCAGAUGCAGGCGGCUGGAGCCGGGUUCCACCCGUGCUCUAGCUUGGUUGAUGCGGGCGCCCGGCGCGAGCCCGCUCGAAGCAGCACCCACAACUCUUUGGCCUCCGGACCAAACAGUUGCGGCGCAACGGGAGGCAGUUACCGUGCGGCGGCCAGAUACUCGGAGGACCCUGACGGCCAGCAUCAGGGGUUCCAGAUGCCUGCCGACCACAUCCUGAUGGUCGUGUUCUGUUACCACAUUCCCACGGAGACCUGGACAGAGGUGUACAACUCUGCGCAAACGGCAGCGGCCUUUGUCACCUCGAUGAAUGACCACGGCGGUAGCGGCGAAAGCCCGUUUGCCAACCAUGCCGGCCGCGGCAGUGUCAUGCCACCGUUUCCUUUGGCGCGCUUUGCCCAGGACUGGGUAUACGACCGGGCCAAUCGCACGCACUUUAUGUUUGGUGGAAAUCCCAACCGGCCUAGCGACAAAUCCGCACGCUUCAACGACACCUGGGAACUCAAAUUUACCAGGCCCAGCUCGCAGGACAUUUUGCGCCGCGCCCUGUACCUUGUUCGCCAGCGGCAGUUUUUGGACUUGUGUGCUGGCUUGGACUGUGACGUGCUCAAUCAAGAGAGUUGCGCGGCUGGACCUUUGGCCGAGUACAAGGCAUCGGCAAUUCCGAGUCCCAACACACUGUUGCUGGGCGGCUCGAACCCCACCAGCUCGCACUCCAAGCGAGCGCCUUCACUGAACGCAGAUACUGAUGAGUCCAUGGAGCACCAGAGCCAGCGACAAAGGAUGGCAGUGACAGACGCCAUGAUGACAGCAUCUACCUCGGGACCCUCGUCGUCCAAGGUUCCGCGGUUAGCACCUGAGCCUUCCUCGGUUGCGCCAUGUACUGCUUUCACAAAUAACACUACUCUUGCUCUAGAGUACUUGCAGCGCUUUGUGGCACCGCUGGUCAACCACAAUGACCCCGCCGAGUGUCAGUCAUUCCACGCGCUCAGCAUCGCGCUUUUCCAGAUAACCGCGAAUGAGUACUCACGAUCGUCUCCUGAAGCGCUGCGCAAGGCGCGGGGUGACGUUUUCGAAGCGUUGCUUGCGUACUUUUCUGAGCGCCAGCAGCAGCCGCCAUCUCACCUGGAUGAAGCAGUUGCAGUCAUGCUCAACUAGACAGAACAAUUGGGCUUUCUAAUUUAAUUUUUCAUCUUUUUUAUCUUAUCCUUUAAAUUAAUAUUACAAAAAGGCAAAAAAG